AUGACUUCCAACACCAAAUCCGAGCAUCACCACACCGAAGCAAUGGCAGGCACUACUGCUACUACUACCACCACCACUGGCACUGGCACUGCCAAGCCUCGACGGGAACCCAGAGACACAGGGUUCCCUGAGCCAUUGAACAACCUCCGCAACACUACUCUUCCACACCCUGAUGCGGAUCUUUCACCAAACGCCUGUCUCACUCAAGAAGAUAUUGAUCCUGAAUGGUCACUUAUGAGAACCCGACGAUCCUUCCUAAGGAAGAAGAGACGCACACUCAACCAUGGACGUAUCACACCGACCUCUGAGGCUCUAUACAGCGCCUUUUCUCUGGUUCAGUCUGACAUCACAGACAACGAGAGCACGAGACAAACCAACUUAUCCUCGACCAGCCUCCGACCAUCUACGUCAAGCCUCCGACUCUCCAAGGACGAAACCGAUAGUCUCGCAUCAAGGAACACGAGGAGAGACGACGAGGACACGCCACCGACUUCGCCCGACGUCCCUACGCAUCGCUCUAAGAAAGGAGGAUUCCUGAGCAAGUGGCGAAGGAGCUAG